AUGACUGAUAUUAAACAUAGUCAAGAGAUUAACUGGAAAAACGAAACUUAUUCACAAUAUCAUUAUCAUUCAAUGGAUACAGAUCAUCCUCGUCAAUCAAGUGAAAGUCCCGAUAAAGAAAUUCCAGCGGCAGUCGGACUAGAAAAUCUUGAAAAAGAAGAAACUGAUAGUUUAAGUGGUGGCAGCGAUGAGGAAAAUCACAAACGAAAACAACGGCGUUACAGAACAACAUUUACUUCAUUUCAAUUAGAAGAAUUAGAAAAAGCAUUUCAACGGACACAUUAUCCAGACGUUUUCAUGAGAGAAGAGUUAGCGAUGCGUAUCGAUCUAACUGAAGCGCGCGUUCAAGUAUGGUUUCAAAAUCGACGUGCUAAAUGGCGUAAACGUGAAAAAAUGACUCCAUCAACAACAUUACCAACAAACAUGCCUCCAUUAUUUACACCUCCAACAAGUCUUCUAACUCGUCUUAGUUCAUUUUCUCAAGCAGAAGUUUUAUCUUCAUAUUCGUCACUUACAUCCUCAUUUCUUAAUGCAACAGCAACAUGUUUACCAAUGUUCUCGCCUAUCACACCAUUCUGGUCGUCAACAAAUCAGUUCGGCAUUAAUUUUCUUCAACAAUUAGCACAAUUAGCAUCGAUAUCAUGUGAAAAUAGCAAAGAUCAAAAUACUGAUAAGAACAGUAAUGAUGCAAAUUUUGAAAAGGAAGAAAAUCUUCGAAUUAAUAGCUUGGCUACAUUACGUCUUAAAGCACUUGAACAUGCAAAUAAAGAAUCGGAAUUAUCAUCGUCGACAAUUAGCUUUUAA